UCAGGAGGGUAUAUAGAGCUAGGGUGGAGCGUCGACGCGUUACUCUUCCUCCUCCUGACGACCGCGAUGCAGGCCAGGUGUUGCGUGCUCCUGCUGGUGGCGCUGCAGGUGGUGGCAGUGCUGGCGGCGCGCGCUAAACGCGCCCCACCACAACAGUGUUCAGAGGGCUUCACGGGGAUCGGCUUCGGGAUGUGCGUGUCGGGGCGGAGUCUGGUGCAGCACUCCUUCGACGCGCAGUCCUGGGCCACCACCAACGAGCUUUGCAAGGCCGACCGUGCCAGGCUGGUCUCCCUGGACACACCUGAGAAGCUGGAGGCACUCUCAGAAUACCUCCACUCAAAUCCAGAUCUCAACUCCCUUUACAUGUGGGUGGGCGCCACGAGGGACGCGACGGGCUGGCGGUGGCUCAACUCAGCACCCUUACCCGUGGACUCCAACAUGUGGCUGCCGAAGGAGCCCAACCCUGAUGAGACGUACGUUCACGCUACCAUUGUCGCGCGCUCGCUCAACAACCAAGGGCGACACUACCUGAGUGCCGCUACCGCCGAUUCCCUGGCCGUGGGGUACGUGUGUGAGGAGACGGGCGUCUAAGCGUCUAACCGGCUAGAAGUGACCUUUUGUAACCUUACGUAGCCGUCACUUCCUGACCUAAACUCACCUGACAUGACCUGACCUGACCAUCUCGGCUCACUGGAACAUACCAUCUAAUCCACACAGUGCCCUGGA